AUGCAAAAUCCUAGUGUCACGAACUGCCGCCGGUCACCAAGUCACCAUGAUUACAUUGUGCCUUCCGCUCCCAUCGAUCUGUCAUUUCGGAACUACAAAUCGCCCACUGAUAUACUGCCGGAGCAUGCGACAACCGCAGGAAAAGGAAAUUCUCCUUGUAGUUCUUCCGAGCAAGCGACUCGGAAAACCUCUCCUCCAUCAGGUUUCCCCCCGCAGCCUGCGCGACCCACGUUUAUAAUCGCACUCGCGUUCAACAACGGCGAAUGGCCAUCUUGCGCCCUUGCCGGGUCGCCGGAAAACAUCUCGCGCAAGAAAAAUGAACCCCAGUUCCGGGUGACUUUUUCCGAGGCUGAGACGAGCCUCGGUGGCCAAUGUUUGACCCAGUCCACGCCACUUGUCUCGGCGUCCGACCCUCGCUCACUCUGGGCACACGCGUUUUCGGAACCGCAGUCGUCGCAGCAUUAUUUCUCUUCCUGUUUACCUCAUCCAUCAGGUUUUAGGUCCUCCGUGUGUUUAUCGAGGCACAGUAGCACUGUAUCGCUUUGCACGCAGCCGAAGAAUGGUUUUGAAGGGACUGUCCUAGACUUGCACAGUCCCGGAAAAAUUCACGUGAAACUGACUGUAACUGCCGUCAGGCUUUGUAACAAUCAAAUGACUUCUCUGGAGGAGCUGGUCCCUGCGUUGUGCCGGAUCAUGCCGACACCAAAAAGCAAUUUGCAAUGGCUAGAUCUUGCAUUCAAUCAGCUCGUGGCGGUCCACCCAGUUCUACAGCAGCUUUCAGAACUUCGGACUCUCUAUUUGCAUUGCAAUCUUAUUGCAAAUUAUACCUGUCUUCUGCCUCUGAAGGGUAUGCCGAAACUGAGGACAUUAACACUCAUGGGGAAUCCUGUCGAAGUAGAGGACUACAGCAAGUACAGAAUCGCAAUACUUGCUGCGUUGCCACGGCUCAAGUCGUUAGACCAUACCGCUGUCAGUGACGACGAGGUCGCCGCUGCUGAGCAUUUCCGGCAUCACCAAGCACUGAAGAGGCAGAAAGGGAUUAAUGACAAGAGGUCGGAAGAGUGGUAUUCGAUGUAUUAA